UUGAGGUUAGAGUUGAUAAAUGCCGCAGUGUGUGUAUGUGUGUGUGGAUGUCGUUUGGUUUUUAAAUAAUCGUAGUUAAAGGAGGGCUAUUCGUUUUACUUAGACGCAAAUAUGGCCUCAGAUUCGGGCUACGGGCAGCCUGGAGCUCAACAAAGUUAUGGCUCUUAUGGAAGUCAAGGCUAUCAACAGACUGGACAGCAGGGCUAUGGGCAAGGCAAUGGAGCUGGUUCUUAUGGUGCGUAUGGUCAGUCAGAAGGGUAUGGUCAGCCGGCCCCCCAGAGUUACUCUUCAGGCGGCUACGCUCAGCAGCCACCACAAAGCUACGACUCCUAUGGUCAGCCAAGCACGGACGCCACGGCUGGGUACAGUGACAAGGCCUCUUACGGCCAGCCGCCCAGUGCGGGCUAUGGCCAGCCAGCCACAGGUGGCUACGGACAACAGUCCGGCAACAGCUAUGGUCAAUCUGCUGCUCCAGUAGCUGGGGGUGGAGGAGGCUAUGGCCAACAGUCAGGUGGUUAUGGCCAGUCUCAAGGGGGCUAUGGAAGGAGGAACGAGGGUGAGAGCCGGCGGUAUGGAGACGAUGCUGGUUCUGACCGCUCCGAGGGCUACCGUGGCAGGGGCCGUGGCGGCUACGAUCGCGGUGGCUAUGAUCGCGGUGGCUACGACCGUGGCGGAAGAGGAGGCCCACCUUCUGGUAUGGGUGGUGGGGACCGUGGUGGCUACAAAAAUUUCGGUGGACCCAGAGACUACGGCCAAAGGGAUGAUGCUGGUGGAGAGACGGACAACUCUGACAACAACACCAUCUUUGUUCAGGGCCUGGGAGAAGACGUAACCACUCAGGAAGUGGCCGACUACUUCAAGCAGAUUGGCAUCAUCAAGUUGAACAAGAAAACCGGCCUGCCUAUGAUUAACCUCUACACAGACAAGGCGACGGGGAAGCUGAAAGGGGAAGCCACCGUCUCGUUUGACGACCCGCCCUCUGCCAAAGCUGCCAUUGACUGGUUUGAUGGAAAGGAGUUCCAAGGAAAACCCAUCAAGGUGUCGUUUGCCACCCGUAGGGCUGAAUUUGCAGCCGGCAGCCGAGGAGGUGGUGGUGGUGGUGGUGGCGGCAGAGGACGUGGAGGGUUCAGGGGUCGCGGUGGAUUUGGUGGUGGCGGACCCAGCUUUGACGUGAAGGGUGGAGACUGGCCCUGUCCCAACAGCUCCUGUGGCAACAUGAACUUUGCUCGCCGUCAAGAGUGUAACAAGUGUGGCGCGCCCAAGCCUGGAGACAGCUACGGCGGAGACCGCGGUGGCGGCGGUGGUAGGGGAGGUUACGGCGGCGACCGUGGAGGUGGCUUCAGGGGCCGUGGCGGCGGUUUCCGGGGUGGAGAUCGCGGUGGCUAUGGAGGAGGUGGCGGAGGAUACGGCGGCGGCGGCGGCUACAAGAUGGGAGGAAGAGGCGAUCACAGGGAAGACAGGAGAGACCGGCCAUACUAAAGAAUCUCCCCAGAGCCCCGCUCCAGUGGUCCGGGGUUGUCGCCGAGGUGACGAGGAAGGGGUCAUGGGUCGGAGGGGAGGGGUCACGUCCACAUCUGCGAUUUGCAUACCUUUCAUUGCCAGCGCGUCCUAUUGAUGAACUGUUUCUAAGCGAUCUUUUUGAGGCAGAAGUGUUGAUGAUUGUCUACUGUGAGGGGAUUGG